AUGGUGAUGGUGCUUUUUGAAGGUGAAAUAAGGGUGAUGAUGAUUGUAAAGAAGAUGGGGAGUGAGUUGGGGUUGGGUGUGCAAUCCACACCCUCCGUCCCUCCUCUCACCGUGGAAUUCUCCACCACCGCCCGUCUCCUCUUCUGUUUCCUUCACCGUUGCCAUUCGCCUCUGUCUGACAUCGUUCACCAACUAGCCAAUAUGGAUUCGGACUUGCAUUCUCCUGUGGAUAGUGGUGGAGCUAAAGCAGCAUUUCAUAAGCCUUCAAAUGAUUCUUCCAGCAGAAAGUAUCGCCGUAGGUCUCCAGUGAGUGGCUCUUCUUCUUCUGAUGUGGAGCCCGCCCGUGAUCGUAGCUCUACCCCCACCCAUUCCUUGCAAAGGAAGGAUGACAAUAGGGAUUACAAAAGAAGCCGUCACAGCAGUUCAAAUUCAAACAGACAUUCUGAUCGAAGAUCUUAUAAUGAUCGUAGGCAUGAUGAUCAUAAAAGAAGGGACAAGUAUGCAGAUGAAGAUCAGAAAAGCUUUCAUAAGGGCAGCUAUAGUGAUAAAUACUCCCGAGAUAGAUCAGAUGGUUCAGGACAUAGAGGUAGGGAUAGGGACAAAAGGGAUGAAAAAAGAGACUAUGACUACCCAAGAACUUCUAAGGGUGGGAAAAGUGAAUCACUACCUACUUUUGAGGAGUCUAGGGGACAUCGAUCCGGACAUCAUAAUCAUCAUAAAGACACUUCUUGGAGGGAUUCUAAGGAGCUUGAUGACACCAAAUAUGGAGGAAGGUUUGAAAAGGGAAAGUCCUACAAUCAGGAAGCUAGGGAACUUAAAGACCGACAUUUCAAGGAACCUAAAGAGCUAGUUGAUGAUAAAACUGUUUUAGCUGCAAGGAAGUCAAAGUUUAGCAUGGAUAAAGAUCCAGAGUUCAGCAAGGAUGGUAAUUCAGGUUCAAAGCAUGUGGGUGUCACCAAUGAAGUCCAGUCUUCAAGUUCAAAACAGGGUCAAGAGUUAGUUGGUAAAGCAACAGUAGAGCAAGAGUUUGUGAAGGAUUCUGAUAUAGAUGCUGCAAAAAUAGCUGCAAUGAAGGCUGCAGAGUUAGUGAAUAGAAACCUGAUUGGAACGGGCAUCAUGUCAACUGACCAAAAGAAGAAGCUGUUAUGGGGGAGUAAGAAGAGCACAGCUACCGAAGAGAGUGGCCAUAAGUGGGACACAUCCAUGUUCUCUGAUCGGGAACGACAAGAGAAGUUCAAGAAACUCAUGGGUGUAAAAGUGGACCCCAAACCGGAUGCUCCAGAUGCCACUCUUGCAGAGAAGCAGAAAGAACUUCAGAUGGACUUGGAGAAACAGUACACUGCUGGCCUUCGUCGCAGAGAUGGCCGUACUGUUGGCUUAGGUCUUUGAUCUUCUUCUACUUAUUAUACAUGUUUCUUCUAUCUCCUCCACCUCAUCAUCAUCAUGCUUCUUUUAAACUAUGUCACCCUUUCCAAACUAUGAUUCUAAUGAGUAGUUAUCACAACUCUUGUUUCAUGUUAUUGCUCUCUGGUAAAAAGGUAAAAGAUGUUAGAUCUACAUUUGAAAUUAUGAUUCUCAUGUUAGAUCAUUUAUUUUCCUUCUUUGCUUGUGUGGCAUGCUAUGUCAUAAUUGAGAAAUACUUGGAUGCUGAGCUGUGUAAUCAUAUGUGCUGUGCUUGUUAUGUGUUGAGUUGCAAUUUUGAACCAGUGAUCCGGUAUUUUUUGAAAGUUCGGCUCCUUUAUUUUAUGCAAAAGAAAU